AAUCGGAGGAUACCAUUUUGAAACAACCGAGAAGUUAGAAAAGAUUGAGAGAGCCAAAGGUUGUUGAAGUUUGGCUAGGAGCAGCAUUACUAUUAUAAUAGCAAUGCUGCCCUGAGUCGCAUCUUUCUUAGAUGCCAAUCUUCUCGUAGGAUCCCGAGAAACGAGAGGUAGCUAACAAAGAAUCAUGGGUCUAGCUAAGAAACUAGGGAGCAGGCCGAAUGGGGUCAUUCGACUGAUUGGCUGACUCGGAAGAAUCCGAGUAGCGACGUUGAAAUCCCGCCUACUAGCUUGGUGACCCGUGCUCACGCGGGGAAUAGCUCUCAAAAAGUCCAAGGGAGAUUCCGAGCAACUUCAAUCAGUUUCCAGAUGAGGAUGCGUCCUCGGAGAUAAAUACCAUGGAAUCCCUACCAUGUGACGACAAUUUGUACAAAGGCUCAAAACGCAAAGAUGGGCGUCAAAGAAGUUUUCCUCCGAUCGCCUCUGGCAAAUUAUGGAAAAGCAAUUCGAAGUGCGCCCCGAGAGGUGAUCUUUAAUCGCAAUGUGAUCCUUUCUGCGAUCCUUUUUGCUAUGUCUGCUAUUCCUGCGACCUGGGACCAAGGUUCGGCGUCCGUCAUCCCCUCUUUGCCUGGAUUCCAACAGCAAUUCCACAUUAGCUCCGGGGCAAACGCAAAGCAAAUCAAGAACUUUGUCUCCCUCGUGUACAUUGGUUAUGCUAUGGGUGCAGCUUUAUCAUUCUUCAUUAACGACCGCAUCGGUCGGUUAUGGUCCUACCGCCUCUAUAUCGUGAUCUGGACUAUUGGGCAACUCGUCGCCUGUUUUUCCCCUGGGCUGUCAGGUCUACAUGCAUCUCGAAUUAUCUCCGGGAUGGGCAUCGGAGCUCUCACGGUCAUCGGACCUAUGGCAAUUGUGGAAAUUGCACCAAUGGAAAUCCGCGGUCUCCUCAGUGCGUGGUUCAGUGUCGCCAUGGGCCUGUCGCUGUUCGUUUCAGUCUUCUGCGUCUAUGGAGCCUACUCCCAUAUCCCCGUGAGCAGACUACAGUAUCAGACUGUGUUCUUCGCACCGUGCAUAUUUAUGCUACUGCUCAUCAUCGCGAGCUUCUUUCUUUGCGAAUCACCCAGAUGGCUCUUCCUAGUUGGUCUGCGCGAGGAGGGCAUCCGAACCCUGGUCAAACUCCGUGGCUUGCCUUCUGACCAUCCUCGCGUGGCGAUGGAAAUUAGAAGUAUUGAAGAUUCCAUCAAUAAAUCGAGGGGUGGCUCCGAGGAAGAUGGACCUCCAAGGUUCAUUGAUAUCGUCAAGGAGACAUUCACAAGGAGGUCCAACUUGCGCCGUCUGCAGCAAGUCCUCGUCUCAUAUGCGCUCGCGCAGCUAUCUGGUGCAAAUUCGAUCACCUCCUACUUCGUGCCAAUCCUGAGUAUUAUGGGUUUAGGCGGCGAUACCAAACGGAGUUUGUUUCUCAGCGGCAUGUACGCAAUGUCGAAGCUCUUUUUCUGUCUGAUUGCUUCUUUCUUCUUCAUCGAUGCCUUGGGCCGGCGGAAAUCACUGUUUGUAGGAAUCACCUUGCAAAUGAUAUCGGACAUUUAUAUUGGGGUGUACAUCAAGUUCAAACAACAGAACGCUGCCAACUUUGCUUCGUCAGAGGCGGCCAUCGCGGCCAUCUUCAUACACGCAUUUGGGUAUGCGGUCGGUCUCCUCAUCCUCCCCUACGUCUUCGGUGCAGAGCUUUGGCCCGAUAGAAUCCGCUCUUUCGGCGGCGCACUAGGAGCGACGUUCCACUGGCUAUUCAUCUAUGGCUUCCAGUACGGCCUGCCAUCACUUCUUGCGAAGACUGACAACUGGGGAGCUUUUCUUUUCUUCGCCUGCUGGUGCUUCAUCUCGCUAUGCUAUGCGUACCUGAUGGUCCCUGAGAUCGCUGGUCUGAGUGUGGAGGAAAUUGACGCCUUGUUUAAGGGGCCGUGGUUCAACGCAUUUAGAAGGCUGAAUCGGCCACUGGGCAUUGAUAGUGAUGAGGGCGGGGAGGGAAACCUAGAUAAGCCAAGUAUUAGAGAGAACGAGAUGGUGGAAGACAGCAAGCUCCGGGUCUAAAUUAGAUCGGCCUACAAUAGUAAAGCUCGUAGGAUAAUGAAAUAAAUAUAUUGCUGUCGAUAUACAGAG